AUGGCCUUGUAUUCCCCUCUUGGAUUGGCCAUGGUAUUACUGAGGAAUGUAUUUGUAGGCACUGUGGCCAUAACCCUCAGAUUCCCCCCGUUUCACAUAACACACACCACACACAUAACACCACACACAUACAAAGAUGACGAAGAGAGGAAGAGAGGGAGCCGCCGUCACAUCGUCACCAUUCAGCCCAUCGCCGCCGCCGUGUUGCCACCUAGCCGCCGGUCACAAAGGCAAGAGAGACAGAGGCGUGCAAAGUUCAUGAGGGGAGAGAGAGAGGCCAAACGCGAGGAGGGAGGGAACCCUCGUCGUCGCCGUUCGUGGAGUCUGCGCCAGAACCGUCGUCGCCGUCACAGAGGAGCGUCCCUGUCUCCGCGAGCUGCCGCCAUCGAAGCUUCUGCUAUGACGCCGUCGUCUCUCUGGACGUCACUGCUUCUGAAUCUUGUCCUGUCACUGGUCUCUGCCUCUUCAUUGUGGCUCAACCUCUGUUUAGGUUCAUUGAGUGGUUGGGUUGUUGCUGUAGUGGGAGCUGUGGUAAAAGCAUUAAGGAUGCAAAGAAGCUCAAAUCUCUUUUGUUUAUGAUUAGAUAUUGUUAUGACUUAGACUUUUAUUAUGUGAUUUUAAAGUAUCUUAGUUUAUUUGACCUCUAAAAAUUUUUUUAUAGGUCACAAAUAUGUAUGAAUCUUAUAGAAUACGUUAUAAAUCUAAUGUUUAAUUAGUUUUUUUUA